AUGAGGCAAUUCAAUAAAGCUGUACGCAAGUUAUUCCAACAGAAGCAGCAGCUGGAGAAGGAAACAGGCCUGAAGAUAGUGGAGGCUGGAGUUAGUGAUAGGGGCAGCCUGACCCAGAUCCCUGUGGUGAAGGAGACCAGGGUGGAGUCAGGCCAGUUUCUGCUGCUCUCCGUCCUCUGCACGCUCUUUGUCCUGGUGGUGCUGGCAGUUUCCGCCACUUUCUUCUGUGUGCGCCAGCGCUCCCACAUCCACAUGAAGGAGAAGCUGGCCAGCCUAGGGACUGACACCAGUACUGAUGCCACUGCAACCUAUCAGGAGCUGUGUCGUCAGCGAAUGGCAAUCCGCACAUCGGAGCGCGUCGAGCGGCCAGAGACCAUGCGCCACUCACGCCUCAACAGCGUGUCGUCCCAGUUCAGCGAUGGUCCUGCGGCCAGCCCAUCGACCCGCAGCAGCACAUCCUCCUGGUGCGAGGAGCCAGUGCCGUCCAACAUGGACAUCUCCACUGGUCACAUGAUACUGUCAUACAUGGAGGACCACUUGAAAAACAAGAACCGUCUGGAGCGAGAGUGGGAGGCAUUGUGCUCCUACCAGGCAGAGCCCAGCGCCUGCAGUGUGGGUCAGGGCGAGCAGAACUCCAAGAGGAACCGCUCAGAUGCCGUGGUUGCAUAUGAUCAUUCCAGGAUCACCUUGAAAGCAGAAAACAACCACAGCAGCUCAGAUUACAUCAAUGCCAGUCCAAUAAUGGACCAUGACCCUCGCAACCCUACUUACAUCGCCUCACAGGGCCCGCUUCCUUCCACUGUGGCCGACUUCUGGCAGAUGGUGUGGGAGAGUGGUUGCGUUGUCAUCGUUAUGCUAACCCCGCUUUCUGAAAAUGGAGUGAAGCAGUGUCACCACUAUUGGCCUGAUGAGGGAUCUGACGUCUACCACGUAUAUGAGGUCAACUUGGUGUCUGAGCACAUUUGGUGUGAGGACUUCCUGGUGCGGAGCUUUUACCUGAAAAACCUGCAGACCAAUGAGACGCGUACCGUCACCCAGUUCCACUUCUUGUCCUGGAUGGAUCGCGGAAUCCCCAACUCAGCUAGGACGCUGUUAGACUUCCGCAGAAAGGUUAACAAGUGCUACCGGGGUCGUUCUUGCCCGAUAAUUGUUCACUGCAGUGAUGGAGCUGGCAGGAGUGGGACUUACAUUCUGAUUGACAUGGUCCUCAAUAGGAUGGCUAAAGGUGCUAAAGAGAUUGAUAUUGCCGCUACCCUGGAGCACUUGAGAGACCAGAGAGCUGGCAUGGUCCAGACAAAGGAGCAGUUUGAGUUUGCACUGACAGCCGUGGCAGAGGAGGUGAACGCCAUCCUGAAAGCUCUUCCUCAGUGAUGGCAUCACCCCCCUUCCCCUACACACCCCUUCUUCUCGCUGGCUGAGCACCACUUUCCUCUGCCCACUCAACACUGACAUCUCUCUCUGCCCUCCCUUCUCCCCACUCUUUCUCCCUCUUCUGUCUCUGCCCCCUCUUCACCUCUAUAUAUACUGUAUACUUAUGAAUGUUGUGCCAGAUAUCUCACCUGGAUCUCGGAUUCUCCAGUUUUGCCUCAGAGUACGACUGCUGAUCUGUGUCGUUCAAGAGAUUCAGGAGAGUCUGACUGGAUCUGAUGCAGGAGCUGAGAUCAGCGCUCCUACUCUGAGAGGUUUUGUCGAUAUGAAGCCUGAUCCUCAAUAACUGUGAUGUUGUUCCUGAACAUACUGUUCUAGUGCCACUGACAAGAUGUUUAUGUGAUGUCAAGUGAAGAUUUUUGUUCCAAAAUGAGCUAUCUGUUAAAAACAGGUACAGUUGAUUAGAAAGUGACUAUUAGCACAUAACCUGCAGAUAACCCAAUUAAUCAUUUAGUGUGAAGUGUAUAAAAAUAAUCAUUUCUCAGAGGCCAGAGUAACAUCAUCACUUCACAUAUUUGUUCUGGCUAACAGCCUAAACCAUAAGAUAUUCAAUUUGCGGUUGAAUAUAAUAAAGAAAAAAAGCUAAUUGUCAUAUUUGAGAAACUGAAACAGAGAUUAUUUGUAAUUUUUGCAUGAAAAAAUGAUAGGAAAGAUGAAUCAUUUAUCUAAAUAGCUGCAGAUCAAUUAAUCAAAUAAUUGACAAAUCACUGCAGCUGUCCAUUGUAGUACUUUUGGAUGAAUAGUAUGUAAAGUAAAUUAAGUACUUGUCUGUAAAAAUCAUAGUAUUGUUCAAAAUGUAUCUCCAUAUUGGAUACAUGCAGCAUUUUGGAAAUGAACUCCACACAUUCCUCCUCCUCUGUAAGCUGAAUCAAAUACUAUGCCCGGCAUCACAUGUAUAGAUGUUACAGUGUUUGUGCGUGUUGUGUUUUGGGCUCAGACAUCUCACUCUUGUGUCCAGAUGUUGCUUGAAAAGCAUCACAGAUCGUGAUUAUUGCAACACAUCAGGGGAUUUUUUUUUUAUUGCUUGUUGCAUUGAUUUUACAUUUACCACAAAUAGUUUAUAACAUGAAUUAAUAUUAAAUGUGAAACAUGCCAACUGAGCUAUGUGUGCUUCUAUUUAGAAAUACUGUCAUCCUGGAUGAGUAGAAACAAUAUGAUAUAUCUAAGCAGAUCAUUAGAAUAGUUGCUAAAUUUGUUUGUCCCUCCAUCACUGGUAUAUUGUGAUAUUUUGUGCAGCAUAACAGAUUAUUCCUUCUAUGUAUAGAUAAUAAAUGACUUUAUGAAUAGUGCUAUCUGAAAUAUAUACUGAGAGCUUUAAUGAAAACUAUAUAUUUUGUGUGAAAAGUAACAAUCAGAUUGAUAAUAAACCAGAACAGAUUAUAUACUGCG